AUGGCGAUGAAGCUCUCCUCGAUGGCGAUGAAGCUGACUCUCGGUGGCGACAGAGCUCUCUCACAGUGGCUCUCCUCGAAUCGAAGGAUCCACGGUGCAAGAGAAAGGAACCUCAAAGCAGAGGAGUGCAAAGCAGGGCAAUACAGUUUUGUAGAAGAUAGUGUCCAACUAUUCUCUUCAUCGCAAGUCCCUGUCUUUGGGAGUCAAGGAGCUGAAGCUUCAAGUUGCCCUCAAGAUACUACUGCAGAGCAUAGGGAACACAGGAUGUGGACGCCUGUAGAAGAUAUGGUGGUCAUCAGCUCCUGGCUUAACACAAGCAAGGAUCCAGUAGUGGGAAAUGAGCAACGGUCUGGGGCAUUCUGGAAUAGGAUCGCCGCUUACUUUGCGGCAAGUCCCAAGGUUGCAGCCACUGAACACCGAGAAUCAACUCAUUGCAAGCAGCGUUGGCACAAGAUCAAUGAUCAAGUCAACAAGUUCUGUGGGGCUUUUGAAGCAGCAACCAGAGAGAAGACAAGUGGGCAAAAUGAGAAUGAUCUUCGGAAUGAUCAAAAAUGGUGUGCCAUUGCUACAUCUAAAAAUGAAGGAAGCGCUAAAAGGAGGAAGUUAGACGAGGGUUCACAGUCUGAGACUUCACACGCACAUGAAACAAUGACUGAGGAGGAGUGUCCCCCGAAUGUUAAGGCAGCAAAAGGGAAGAAGAAGAAGAAUGUCGAGGGGAAGGAAACGCUGUCACAGUUUCAGACUAUGUGGGAAAUUAAACAGAAAGACUUGGUCUCGAAGGACAGGCUAUCAAGAAUGCGGAUACUUGACCGCUUACUUGCAAAGCAACUUAGAUGA